UGGCAGGACGCAGCACUUCACCACCGGCUGCUUCUCAACGCACAGACCUGAGACUUGAACCAUGUUUUUGUCAUCUGUCGUCUUUCUGCUGGCAGCUGUCACCGGAGGAAUGGCAGCCAGUGAAGGAUUAAUGAAUGAGACAACCACCAUUCCUAUAACUUUUUCCAUGGACAACCUAACCAGCAGUUUUACAACCACACCAUCAUUUACCCACGAUCGUAGCAACGACUCCACGACCACUACAACAACAGUCAUCAGCACUGUAACCAAAAGUAGCGCCACCACCAGGAGCCCAACUUACUCUUCAUCAACUCCAUCUACUCCACACACUCCAACUACAAGCACAGAGACAAACCCCACCACUACCAGUGAGACUUCAACCACCACAACUGCUUCAGAUAACACGACAAGUUCAAAGAUCACUACCACAAUCAGCAGUACAUCUAUGACCACACCGGUCACACACACAAGCAGCAGCACAACUAUUACUACAACAGCCACACUCACAAGCAGCAAUGUAACUACGACUACACCAGCCACACAUACAAGCAACAACGUAACUAUGACUACACCAGCCACACACACUAGCAACAAUGUAACUAUGACUACACCAGCCACACACACUAGCAACAAUGUAACUAUGACUACACCAGUCACACACACAGCAACAAUUACAGCCACAACACAACCAGGUAAUAUGACCACAGCUCCAUCUCCAGCAUCCUCUAGCACAACCUUGUCCUCCAUCACCAGCAGCAAUGCAACAGUAACAGUUGGACCCCCAUCCCCUUCACCUACUUCCAUCUCCAGCUCUGUCCCUCCAAACACCUCCCCAGGCAGUAGCACCAUACUCCCCAGUGGAACUACCACCACCCUUAGUCCCUCAACAACAACCCCUGGAGUGACCAGCCACACGACAGAAGUCACCACUUUGACUCCUUCAGCUACACCGACUAGUGGAAACAAAACAGCCUCCCCUGCCACCACUCCCUCCCUCACCACCACCACCACUGCCACCGCUGCCACCACCGCUGCCACCACCGCCAGCACCGCCGCCACCACCGCCGCCACCACCGCCGCCAGC